GGAAGCAGCAUGUGCGUCACUGCCUGACGCCGAGGGUUUGGGGUGUGCAGGGCGCAGAAGUUAUAUUGCUUUAAACUUACAUGCUUGGAACUUUCUUUUUAAUAACUUUAUUUUGCAUUUUAUUUCAUGAACUCACAGAUUCGUCUUUUUUUUUAGUUUUUAAGAACACAGUGAAAUCUAUGAAAGAUGAUUGAGCAGGUGACCGGAGCAGGGGCUUUGCCCUUUACCGUCCAGCUCAAAGCUCUUCUGGACCAAGAAGCCAGAUAUCAGCCCAAACUCUGUGGUCUCCGAAUCAUCGAGUCCGCUCCGGAGAACGGUCUGAGAAUGACCGUCAAGCUGAGAGACUUUCAAGUCCGAGACCUUCUCUCCUUGACACGGUUCUUCGGCUUCAGUUCGGAGACGUUCUCCCUCGCUGUGAGUCUUCUAGACCGGUUCCUGGCUGUGAUGAAGAUUCAGCCCAAGCAUCUGGCCUGUGUGGGUCUCUGCUGCUUCUACAUCGCCGUGAAGACGUCCGAAGAGGAGAAGAGCGUUCCUUUGGCCAGUGACCUCCUCAGGAUCAGCCAGAACCGCUUUACGGUCCACGACAUGAUGAGGAUGGAGAAGAUCAUUCUGAAGAAGCUCUACUGGAAGGCCAAGGCUCCAACCGCCCUUCACUUCCUCAGAUUCUUUCACGCUCGCAUUCAAGAGCAGCUGGACGCAGAAAGUAAGCGGAUUCUGAACAUCGAGAGGCUGGAGGCUCAGUUGAAGGCUUGCCAUUGCUCCUUUACUUUCACUAAAAUCAAGCCUUCGCUGCUUGCUUUGUCUCUUCUGGCUCUGGAGAUCGAAGAUGAGCACGAGUGUGAGCCGGUUCCUGCUCUCAGAGAGGCUCUGGAUGCUCUGCGGGAGACUUUGACUGUUAAAGCUGGAGACCUGGUUUGCAUGAGGGAGCUGGUGGCUAAAUGCCUGGCUGAAUACGCCUCCACCAAGUGCCUGAAGCCAAACGGCCAGAGACUGCGAUGGAUGAUUUCGGGUCGAACCACCAGACAACUGAAGCACAGUUACUACAAGAUCGCCCAUCUACCCACGAUCCCUGAAUACGCUUGCUAAGACCGUUAGUGUUGAGCGCCCGACACUAAUUUCUUUACAUCUGCUAAAUUUGCUUUCCCUUUCCUCCGUCUUUGUUCUCUUUUGCCAUGAUUGUAUUUAUUUCACGUCUUGAUUGCUAGUCAAGGGUGAGUUUGAGCAUGUAAGGCUUGCACGUGAACAGUAUGUUCAUCUGAAUCGGCGCGUUUAAAGCAAUGAAGUAUAGAACCGCCUAGGUCCUCAGUCCACCGUGUGGAAGAGGAGGGAGAAGGGUUUUGAGAUUCAAGACAACCACAGACCCAAACCCCUUCACUCCCACCCUAGGCUGUCAGCUGUCGUAAUGCACACUCCUACCCAAGGUGACGAAACUAGAUGUUUUUGUUUUCUUUUCUUUUAUGCCAUUUUGCUUAAGAAAUCUGGAUGGCUAUGGAAACUCAGGCUUUGAUUUCCUAACUACUUACUAAGUGACCAGCCUGACGCUCCUUUUACAUUUGGUUAUUACUAGUCUUGUGUAACCGUGACCAUUUGUUUCAUACUUAACUCCAACACAAACCACGAGUGGUACAAAUAAA